GAUAGUAUUGUACUUCGUUAAGCCGUGGCGGAAAGAACGAAAAAUACGAUCAGUCUGCCGUGUGUCGAGCGCCCAGCACCGAGUCUGCUACCGUGUUCUACUUCCUCAGUGCGUGAAUUCCGCGAACGUCAUCAGAAGCAGAUUCGGGGCUUGCGAAAAGGAGGCUUAAAAAAGGAAGAAAACUCAUCCUCUCGCCGUCUAUGUAUCCCCUCCCCCCAACAGUGUCCUGUUUGCGACUGAGUGACAGAACAGUGUCAGUGUAGUGGUGUUGAAAAGUGUAUUGUGUGUGAAACAAGGAUUCGUCGCCUACUUCGCCGGUGAAUCGUAGUGUGUGUUUGUGCAUUGCUUGGAGCAAAAGUGUGCUCUCGAUUUGUGCACUUGUAGUCGAGGUGCCAAUUGUGGCGUGGUUCGUCCUCGACUUCUGUCCUGUAAAACAAGAAAACCGGUGCUUACGCUGGUGUAGAAGUGUGUGUGUGUAUAUUUGGGCACCUGCCUGCUGUAAGUGUUUUUUUUUUGUGCAGCAGCUGUAUCCUUUUAUUGUCCUUCCGCCUGAGGGGAAGCAAGGAAAUAGCUGGGUUGUGUCGCUGUUAAGUGUCCAGUGAGAGUGAUAGCCAGGAAUCGGAAAAUAAUCUUCCAAGCUUCAGGCAACGCGUGUUUUCCACCAAAAAAAAAACACACACACACACACGGUACAAAUUUCAGCCUAUCUCUACAUUUUUCCGACUGUUCAGCGAUUUGUGGUCGGUAUGGCCUUCCUGCGUACCGUUUCGCGCUGCAAUAGCCUGGUGCCCCGCAAGGUAUCCUCUCCGUCUGCGACCGGAAAUGGAUGUCUAUCGUACUCGAAAUCGGAACAAUUCCUGCGACAGUACUGUAUUCAUGCUGCCAGCAACCGGGGUCCACUGCCCAGUGCAGUUCUAGCGGCACUGAACCACCGGUUGGCUCUCGAAGGAUACCCGUUCGAUGGAGCUCGUCGCUGGCGAUCGACGACGGUGGCGGCCGCAUCACCCGUGGCCACCGGUGCUCGCCAACGGCAACAGCAGGACAAUAAUCCUUCCACCCCGGAACGGGAUCCACUUGACGUCAGCUUCAACGAUCCGCAUGCUGCCUUCAAGAGUAAAACCACUUUCGAGUUGAUACGGGCGUACUUUGUGUACGUGCUGUGCUCCUCCGAAUUCCUUGUGGAGAACAACAUGAAGCUGAUGAAAGUCGCGCAAACGAUACUCGGCGAAAAGCUCUUUACGCUGGCAAUGAAGUAUACCUUCUAUGGCCAUUUUGUGGCUGGUGAAGAUCAGCUCAAAAUUGUCCCAACACUGGAAAGAUUGCGGUCGUUCGGUGUCAAACCAAUUCUUGACUACUCGGUAGAGGAAGAUCUAUCACAAGAGGAGGCCGAAAAGCGUGAAGUUGAAGCAUCUGUUUCUUCGGCGGGCACCAACUUAGCGGAGGACAGUGCUGACUCGCUGCCACAGUACAGCGUUGAUAAAACGUUUGCCGAUCGGCGGUACAAGGUGCAGAGUGCUAGGACUUACUUCUACCUUAAUGAGGCAACCUGCGAACGUAACAUGGAGACUUUCCUCGAGUGUCUUGACGCUGUCAAAGGUGCAACAUUCGGUACAGGUAUCACUGCUAUUAAACUGACUGCUCUUGGUCGACCACAGCUGCUACUUCAAGUGUCGGAAGUAAUUAUGCAAGCUCGCCGGUACAUGAUGGAUUUGGCCGGAAGUACCGGGAACAUUUUAACGCAUCACAAAACUAUACAAGAUCUCGAACGUUAUCUCGGCAACGUAGCCGAUAAGGCGGAAGUAAAGGAGUUUCUUAAAAAGGUGACUUCGGACAAAGAUGGCAUUCUUCAUCUUUUCCCAUGGACCGGUAUCAUUAACGAGGACUGUCAGCUGAGUGAAACUUUCCGUGUUCCGGAUCCGGUAACCGGUCAGAUGCGUCGCUUGAUCUCAAAGAUUCCACCCAAAGAAGAGGAAAUGUUCCGUAACAUGAUUAGACGAUUGAAUACUAUUGUUAAGACUGCCCAAGACCUUGACGUUCGUAUUAUGAUUGACGCCGAGCAAACCUACUUCCAACCAGCCAUCUCGCGAAUUACUCUCGAAAUGAUGCGAAGGUACAACACCGAAAAGGCCAUUGUGUUCAACACCUAUCAGUGUUAUUUGAAAGACACAUACAAAGAGGUGUGCACGGAUCUGGAGCAAGCCAAGCGUCAGAAUUUCUAUUUCGGUGCGAAGCUUGUGCGCGGAGCGUACAUCGAGCAGGAGCGUGCACGUGCGGCCGCUCUCGGCUAUGAAGAUCCAACCAAUCCCUCCUUUGAAGCAACAACCGAAAUGUACCACAAAACAUUAACCGAGUGUUUGAGACGCAUUAGGAUUCUCAAAGAUGCGAAUAUCGAUCCGAAAAAGAUUGCCAUUAUGGUUGCAUCGCACAACGAGGAUACAGUCCGGUUUGCUAUCAAGAAGAUGGAGGAGAUUGGUAUCCAUCCGGAGGAUAAAGUGAUUUGCUUUGGUCAAUUAUUGGGCAUGUGUGAUUAUAUCACGUUCCCGCUAGGUCAAGCAGGCUAUUCCGCCUACAAAUACAUCCCGUACGGUCCAGUCAACGAAGUCCUGCCAUAUCUGUCGCGACGAGCGCAGGAAAAUAAGGGUGUGCUUCAAAAGAUCAAGAAGGAAAAACGACUCCUGUUGUCCGAGAUCACCAAGCGGCUAGCGAAGGGGCAACUGUUUUACAAACCGAAGGGCAAAUACGUUCCUAUCUAAACAUCUGCGUACGUUUGUCCCGGUGGCAGAGAAGUGGCUACUACCGCAAAACAGCAUACUACACACAGCAAAGCGGCCGUAACAGUGCAGCAAGUUGAAUUUAACAACCCUCUGAACCUCCUCCUCUUCUCAUCUGUCCAAUUCAUAGGGUGCAUCCCUUUUUCACAUCCUUUUCGGAAAACGGAAGCCAACAGGAUGCAGGAAUAUGGACAAUUUUUAUACAUUACGGUAUUCCACUAGUUGGCAAACGAAAUCGUAUCACAUCAUCCCCGCCGACAAUGUGAUUUAAAACCGUUUGAUACGGGACAGCGGUGUGUUAGAUGCGUUACUUUCCGUUAAACGUUUAUGCUUGUAAUAUUUGACCGCUGACGUACGAUCGUGUAACCCUUUCGAAGCCACGUAUUCGACUCACGUGACAUCAGCGUGCUCUAAAUGUGUAUAUAGUUUUGUUUGUUUUGUUUGAACGACGAUCACAAUAAUGUUUGCUCCGUGUCCAUCUAGCUUUUUCGUGUAUCUUUUCAUGCGCAGCCAAAGAAAGAUACUUUACAAUUGAUCGAUAUUUAAGCGUUUCAUCUUCGCUGGAGCACCAGUUUAUGAUGUUUCUACAUUACAAUAGUUUGUGACACGAUUUUACGUUUUGAACAUGUGAACUAACAACGUACAUAUUUCAAUGCAAACACAUUAGUCCAAUGUUGCAUUGGUGCACUGUACGCCCUUUCCUUCCGAGAAGGGUGUGCUAGUAUCUUUGUCUGAUUUGCAUAAACGUUAUGAUAGCAUAUUGUUUGCUUGUUUUACCAACUACAGUAACUUUGCUCAUACUCCAGGACUGCAAAUAAUAUAGCUUGCGUGUUUGUGUGUGUGUGUUCCGUUGUUGCGGCAAGAUAAGCUUCUUUAUAGGUACAGACGAUCUGCGGGUUCACCCCGAUUGGUCCUGUAUUUUGGUAAACAUCAUCAUUGAAUUAUAUUAGUAUUAUGUGCUUAUUAAGAGAAGGAAAGACAAACGCGCAAGGUAGGCAAAUUUUAGAUACUAAAACAAAGCCACUGAUGGCUACCGAAUGCAACGGAAAAACUCAGACUCACAUUUACACACACACAUCUACACACUUGUGAAAAGUGCUGACAAUAAAAAUGAAUACGAAAAUUCAACUAAAUGUGAAACAAACAAGUUUGCAGCAAGCGGGAAACGCAGGAACGAAGGCGCCUGCAUCGGCUGACAAUUCUGUGUAAUACCAGUGAACGGGCGUUUUAUCGUAAAAGCUACCCUCCUCCCCCAACCCGGGUUACCGGGGUUUGUAGUGGGGUGAAAUAGAGCAAAAUGAUGUUAGGUGAAAAUUUACUCAUAUUUAAAUGUGUGACUCAACAACUAUUACAAACCAAACAUACCAAACACAAACACGAAAAUGCGAUACAAAUAUUUCACAAAAAAGUUCUAAGUAAAUGUUUACAUGUUCCAUAUGUUCCGUCGAUGCAGCAUACGGAGGGAACUGAAGCCGAUUAACAAAAUAUAUGAUAAUUAUCGAAGCUAGUGAUGAAUAUUAUUAAAAACUGAUCUGGAUAACGGAUAAGACGCACGCAUAUUAUCGCAGUACAUGCAAUGAAACAAUGCAUACAGGAGUAAACUAAGAGCGAAAAUCGAAAGUUAAUGUUCUCACGUAUUGAAUGGGUGUAUUUGCGGGUUUUGAAAACAUGCAGGAAAGGGACACUGUAGUAGUGUAUGUGUUGGUCCACACGGGGGGAAAUGGGAAGUAAAACACCCGGAGCACAUCAUCUCGACACGUUGAUAUUCAAUUAACAUCGAUGGAAAACCUUCCUGGCAUGGGUGUGUAACUGGCAAUGUCUGUUAAUUAAUUGAAAAACUCUGAUCGUAAGAUGUGUAAAAAUUCUGAGACAAACAAUAAAUAUACUGAAUCAGAAAC